GAGCCAGUGGAAUCUAGAUGGAUCAGGGAAUGGCUGCACCAUAAUUGAGCUGGCAGUGAUGUUUCCUUUGGUCAGCUGUGUACUUUUCUCAAUUUAAAUCAAACUUCAGGUUAUGUCAUGACUCCAGCAGAGUUGUCCAGACACUUGAGUCCUUGGUUCCUACUGCAGGGCUGUGUGUGGGUUGGGGCUCUUUCUCUCUUUGAAGAUGGAGCUGGGUUCCACCUUCCGAGCUUUGGGAAGCUUUAGUAGCUGCUAUCCUGUAAUACUUCCAUUCACAAGAAAUAGACGCCACAUUUUGCUUGUUUUCACACUUUGAAUAGGAAUUUAAGUUGUGCUUUCUACAAUGUUGGAAAAAUAAUAAUGUACACUGUAACAUGAGUCUGAACUGUUGAUGAUAAAUGUAUAACUAUUUUGCUCGGUCAAGAAAUUAAAACAGUAAUACUUUUCUUGCUUAAUAGUUACAUUAUGUUGAAUACAAACUGAGUUUACUGCCUCUCAACGUGUGACUAGCUGUUUUGGUUUAGUGAUUUGAAAGGCAUUGGUGGCUUAGAUUAUUUUGUGUCCAAGGAACCACUUCCCAGUUAUUAUGUUGCUCUCUUAAAUGAGCAGCAUAAAAUGGACCAUGAAAUAAACAUACAGGAUAUUUUGGCAAUGCUGAUAAGCCCAUUGUUUUACUAGUGACCUAAAACAAAAUGCAUGGAUCAUCAUAUGCACAAAGAAUCUCCUCAGGGGAAACUGGAUUACAGCAGAGUUCCUUUAUAGUGCUUUUGUUGGGCUGGAAUACGGGGUUAUAGAGGGCUUCAGUGAUGAGAGUUGAUUCCUGUUGUCCUAAAUCCAUGUGAUGAGCCACAUUAUGAUAGAAUUCUGUGGUACUUUCGUUUCCCCUUGUACUUUAGAAUAUACCUUUAGUGACAGUGGAAUUGAUCUGUUUUGGCAUUUUUUUGUUUUUCUUUCACUCUCAGUCCCUAUUUAAGGUGUCUAUCCUUGAGCAAUCUAUGAGUAAUAGAAGCCAAAUUGCAUUUAUGUGGUCACAUUGAUAACAGCAUUAUUUUUCGAAGUUAAAUUUUUUCCAACAGUAACAAUUAUAAUUGAGAAAACAUUAAAUUUGAGGAGUUUAAUUUUGUAGAAAUAUGGCUUAUGGUUAUUGGGAGUAUACUCUUAGGACAUCAGUAGACUGAUUUUUUUGUCACCCCCAAGAAAGCGGCCCACUAUAUCCUAGCAAAGGUAGAUUUCUGGGAAAAGGUGGCUUGUUUUAUCUUUCAUUUAGCUUAACAAGUUAGUUAAUAUUGUUGAUCAUUUCUUCCAGAUGGCAUUUAUUAAAUAAUGUUUAUCACUGUACUGAUGAAUGCUUCAGCAACACUGGUGAACUCUAGGGUACAAGGAGUUCUUUACCUGUUGGCUCUAUCCCUCACCCCCAAUGUUGUAAAUGAGCCGUCAGACUGCAACAGCAUUACCUACUGGAACCUCAAAGUGUACACCAUCCCAGAGGGUACCUGCCCUGACUGGCACAACUGCGUCCAACAAUGACUUGGCGAGUCUUUUUGAGUGUCCGGUCUGCUUUGACUAUGUGUUACCACCCAUUCUUCAGUGUCAGAGUGGCCAUCUUGUUUGUAGCAACUGUCGCCCAAAGCUCACGUGUUGUCCAACAUGCCGGGGCCCAUUGGGAUCCAUUCGCAACUUGGCUAUGGAGAAGGUGGCCAAUUCAGUACUUUUCCCUUGUAAAUAUGCCUCUUCUGGAUGUGAAAUAACUCUGCCACACACAGAAAAAGCAGACCACGAAGAGCUCUGUGAGUUUAGGCCUUAUUCCUGUCCGUGCCCUGGUGCUUCCUGUAAAUGGCAAGGCUCUUUGGAUGCUGUAAUGCCGCAUCUGAUGCAUCAGCAUAAGUCUAUUACAACCCUACAGGGAGAGGAUAUAGUUUUCCUUGCUACAGACAUUAAUCUUCCUGGUGCUGUUGACUGGGUGAUGAUGCAGUCCUGUUUUGGCUUUCACUUCAUGUUAGUCUUGGAGAAACAGGAAAAAUACGAUGGUCACCAGCAAUUCUUUGCAAUUGUACAGCUGAUAGGAACACGCAAGCAAGCUGAAAAUUUUGCUUAUCGACUUGAGCUAAAUGGUCAUAGGCGGCGAUUGACUUGGGAAGCCACUCCUCGAUCUAUUCAUGAGGGAAUUGCAACAGCCAUUAUGAAUAGUGACUGCCUAGUCUUUGACACCAGCAUUGCACAGCUUUUUGCAGAAAAUGGCAAUUUAGGCAUCAAUGUAACUAUUUCCAUGUGUUGAAAUGGCAAUCAAACAUUUUCUGGCCAGUGUUUAAAACCGUUGCAUUCAAUUUCACAGAGAAUAAGGCACCUGUCUGCCUACCAACCAGAAGCUUUUGGUAGGUGGAAGCUAGAAACAGGAAGGUAAAUGGAAGGCUGUUAAAUACAGGAAACAGUUGCAUGUAGUAACACUAAUAUAUUUAAAAAUAAGUCAACAGUAAACCACUGAAAAUAAAAUAUAUAUAUGUGUGUGUGUGUGUGUAUAUAUAUAUAUAUAUAUAUAUAUAUACACACACCCAAGAUGGGCAUCUUUUGUAUUAAGAAAGGAAGCAUUGUAAAAUAACUCUGAAUUUGUGUUUGUUGUAGAUUGAGUGUACUGUUAAAAAAUAUUGGGUUCUUGUUUUUUUUGUUUUGUUUUU